GGCGUUUGGUUUGUGGGGUAGUGGCGUCACUAACCUCAGUAAGUCUUCUGGAGGCGGUGCUGGGCUAUGUUCUGUGACAAUCAAGUGCAAAGAAUGCCAUAGCAGCGCACUCUGUAGCUAACUGCUGAUCGGGGUGUGUGUCAUUCACCUGGACUUGCCACGGCUGUAUUCUUUUUUGUAUUUGAAAAGGGGACCGUUGUACUCUUCAAACAGAAGGAGAUACAAGGAGAGGCAGCGUUUGACAUUUUUUAAUGGUGGCGUCUUUGGCUGCUUUUCCGUGGAGAGCGGGAUCCGGAUUAUAGGAUGCAAAGGGGCUUCUGACCAGCGUCUUAAGAUGAGCGUGACAUCAUGGUUCCUGGUCAGCAGCUCGGGCACACGCCACCGGCUCCCUCGGGAAAUGAUCUUUGUGGGCCGGGAAGACUGUGAGCUCAUGCUCCAGUCGCGCAGCGUGGACAAGCAGCACGCCGUCAUCAACUACGACCCGUCCAGCGACGAGCACAUGGUGAAGGACCUGGGCAGCCUGAACGGGACAUUUGUGAAUGAUCUAAGAAUCCCAGACCAGACCUACAUUACACUCAAGCUUUCUGAUGUCAUUCGCUUUGGAUACGAUUCUCAUGUGUACACCCUGGACCGGAGUCAACACAAAGUUCCAGAAGAGGCACUCAAACAUGAGAAGUACACCAGCCAGCUCCAGAUGGGUUUGAAGGCGUCAGAGGGGAAGAGACGGGACCACUCGAAGGAGAAGGGUGGAGGUGGGGACGCCCCCCGGUCCAAAGUGGAGAAAGUGGAGCGCAAGGCCCUGCCUGAGGCCCCCAUCUCCCGGCCCACUCCCCUAUACGGACAGCCCUCAUGGUGGGGGGAGGACGACGCCGGGAACAAGGGGCAGCCAGAGGGACGCAGGCCCGACGAGAGCCUCUCAGAGAACCUGAAGGAUGGCUCCAAACACGAGCCUGAUGUUAACGGCUCCCUCUCCGACUAUCGAGACUCCCAGGGCAAGUCCAUCUACUCGUACCGACGGGAGCCCAGCUACUUCGAGAUCCCCACUAAGGAGUUCCAGCUGCACCCCAAGCCCCCCGAGACCGAGGUCCACGAAGUCCCCACCAAGGACACGGAUGCCCCGCCCCAGCCCGCCCCCACCACGCCCACACCCCCGGUGGUGCAGAGCCACGCCUCCUUCACCAUCGAGUUCGAUGACUGCACGCCGGGGAAGAUCAAGAUCAAGGACCACGUCACCAAGUUCUCCUUUCGGCAGCGGAAACUACCUGCCAAAGAACUGGUCACCACGCCCACAGAGGUGAUGUCAGCGGAGAGUAAGGUGGCCGAUUGGCUGGCGCACAGCGAUGUCAGCAUUAUGCGGAAGCAGGCACCAUGCGAGGAUGUCUACAGCACUAAGAGUGAUUUGCCUAUACACAUAAAGACUCUCAAAGGACAUCACCAUGACGAUGGGACCCUGAGCGACUUUGAGGAUCCCGUCCUGAAAGAGACGCGGGGCAAGCUGCAGCCGACCGUCCCAUCGGAGCAGAGCCCUCCACCAGUGAAAUCAAUGAACACAGCCAAAUCACCGAAACCCCUCUCCCCCCCAGCCAGUGAAGAGCCACUUUCCCGCUCUCCACCCCAGGCCACCCCUCCCCCGCAGAGCCAGGGCAAGCCUGACCCCCAGCAGGCCUUCGUCAUCGAGUUCUUCGACGACAACCCGCGCAAGAAGCGCUCGCAUUCCUUCACCCAGAACUCCGCCAACGCCGAAUCCUACUCCGCCCUCAAGGCCAAGCUGGAGAAGCGCAGGAGCGCGGCCCCGCCCGGGGAGAAGGGGGCGGGCUCACUGGGCCAAACCCCGCCCACGCAGCAGCUCAUCCUCCCGCUGAAGGGCCAGGGCCCCGGCGGCACCCAAAGGGUCUCGAUCAAACGGGAGAAGACCGACGACCGGCUCCGCACCAGCGCCUCCUCCGCCUCUCUCUCCUCCUCCAGCUUCUCCUCCCGCGCCUCCUCUGGCAUCACAAUACGGCCCUUCGGCAGCGUGGGGAAAAAGUCCAAGCUCGCCCAGGAGUUUGUAGCCGAGUUCCUGAGGGACUCCAACUACGACGUCCCCCCUACCAGGGAGAAGACGUCCCCGCCGGGAGGGGUGGAGACACCCUACCGUCCCCACCUGCCCGGCCGGGCCCGCUCGCCUCCCCUGCCCUCUACUCCGACACAGCCCGCCUCCCCUGCCCACCUGCCCAUGCCCCUCAUGACCCCCACCCUGCCCCUGGGCCUCCCCGGCAUGGAGUCAAAGACCUCCAAGGCCUUGAAGAACGAGGAGGAGGACAGCUUGAGUGACGCGGGCACCUACACCAUCGAAACAGAGUCCCAAGACAAGGAGGUGGAGGAGGCCCGCACCAUGAUUGAUCAGGUGUUUGGUGUUCUCGAGUCCCCCGAGAACACUGGCGCGACUGCAGCAUCACAUAGGCCCGUUAUUAACGAUGGCAGUGACGAGCAGGCUAGCCUUUGGAUUAGCAAGGGUAGUUCUGUGGAUCUAAAGGCAGCUCCAGUGCAGGGCUAUACUCCCGUUGCCCUUAGUGGCGCCCCCACUGGUCCAGCGCAGGUGCGGCCAGUUGGUCCAGGGCCUCUGAUAGGCCCUAAGUGGGUUUCUCGAUGGGCCAGUCUGGCGGACGGCUACGGUGAUUCAGGGCCCGAAGCGGGGCUCUACGACACUCGGCCACAGCAGGACACGUGUAAUAGAGAUGGAGGAAUUACCCAUCAGGCAAUGCUGAACCGAAACUUGGAGAGCACUGAGUCGGAGGGAAGCCAGGGUUCCAGGACCAGACGGCUUCUUCCCCAGGUGCCACCAACAGACAAGACUGAAUUUACCACCAUUCUCAUCCGACAUGACCCCUACAUGGGGUACGAGGCUCUCGAGAAAGUGUCAGGAACCCCCCGCCAGCACGAGAGCGUUCAGAGACUGAGCGUGCAGGAUGACCUGGAUCCCGACAGCCUGAGUGACGCCAGCAAAUCGGAUGAAGGCUCCAUCGUGGAGCGGGGCAAGAAGCACCAUGCAGGGCAGGCGGAGGGCAGAGCUGAGGUGACUGGUGGAGCCGUCGCCAAACCCACCUCCUUCUAUGUCGGGUCGGACGAAACCCCCUCCGUUUCGCCGCAAGCUCAAAGCCCAAUUCUGUCCCAGGCACAGAGAGAGCAGAACGUCCCCCUCAAAACAUCCCCAACGACUGUUCUCAUCCGGCAUCUGAGCAACCACGAGUCUCGAAAACCGGUAAAGCAGAACUCCUCUGCCCCCAACCUCCACUCCCAGGAAAAAGACUCUUCUGCCAACAAGGAGACCCCCAGUUCAUUUGUGAGGCAGGAGAGCUUCACCAAAGACCGCCCCAGCAAUGACUCCCAGGUGAACAGGCUCCCUCACAUCUCCAGUCAUCCUGCUCUGAGAGACAUGGACCCUGGGGGCCUAGACAGGGGUGACUGUGGCCAUGACACACAGUCUUUCCUCAAGGAGACUGAGAAUUGCCUAGCAGCCCUGGAGGCCAAGUUCCAGGCCCAGGGUCAAGGCCAAGACCAGAGGCAAGAAGGUUCCUCUGGACCCAUAGAGGACUCUCUCUCUAAUGAGUCGGACGUGGACACAUCCAGCACGGUCAGCUUGGUCAGCAGCAAGAAUGACCCCAGUGUUCCCCCCAAGAAUUACUCUGUCAUCAGUGGCCUGCAGAAGGAGAAGUCCUCCUCCAGCAUGUGCACCCAGGACCAGAGUCGGAGGGCAUCGGCCCGCGAGCGCCUGUCAGAGAAGCGCCGCUCGCAGUGCUCCGACAGCGGCACCAAGGCCGAGCCGGGCAAGCGCUACCAGAUGCGCCGCAGUGCUGGAAACCGCGGUUCUCUGGACCUCAGCGACGAGCCCAACCUGCAGUACUGGCCCGACACCGUCUCCUCGGACCACGAAUCGAGCUCCAGGCCCACCACCCGCAAGAAGAUCAUCCCUCUGCAGAAGGAGGACUCCAGCAAGUCCUCCAACAAAGUGUAUCAGUCGCUGACCCGCUCCAACAGCCUCUCGGCCCCUCGACCCACCCGCGCCUCCAUGCUGCGGCGGGCCCGUUUGGGCGACGCCUCGGACAACGAGGGCACCGAGACCGACCGGGCCUCUCAGAACUCCGACGUCAAUGCCCCCGCUAAGGCCACGGCGGACAGCAAGAAGCUCUCGCGGUUGGACAUCCUAGCACUGCCCCGUAAGAGGACGGGCUCCUUCACCACACCCAGCGACACAGAGUCCUCAGCAGGCAGGACCGGCUUCUCCAACCGCAGCUCUGAGUCCAGCAGCUCUGUGCGGAAGGCCUCUGUACCCGAGCCCAAGUCAGGGGCCAGGAGGAACUCGGGAACCGGGUUGAAGCAGCCCGUCGGCCGUACUCGCUCUAGCGGUGCCAAGUACGCCAGCAGCACAGCCAGCUCCCGACGGAGGCAAAAGGGCUCUGACUACACAUCCACGUCGGAUGAGGAGUAUGACUCCAACCACAGCACCCCAAAACACAAACGCUCCCACAGUUCAGCGGGCACUCAGACGUCCCGGGCACCCGCGGUGGCCCAGGCCCGGUCCAAAUCCCGCUCACGCGAGUCGGAGGAUGAGAAUGAGGGCGAUCCCUUCCAGAACUGGACCUGUCACAGCGCUGAGAUUGCAAGGUUGAGUCAGGACCUUGCUAAAGACCUGGCCAUUCUUGCCCGGGAGAUCCACGAUGUGGCGGGGGAUGGCGAUGCUCCGACCUCCUCUGGUGUUGGCGUUGACACUUCACCCACCUCUGUGCCCAACACACCUGCCUCCCCUAUCUCUGCCCGAGAGGAGAACAUAAAACCAUCCUCACCAGUCGUCCGCUCAUCUCAGUUGGUCCAGCACAUUCCAGAGGCCAGUCUGAAUUACCAGAAAGUUCCGCCGGGCUCAACAGCGGUCAGGGACGCAGAAGAGAGCACGUGUGACCAAGACUCAAAGCGGCGGAUGUGGAACCGAGAGGAGGUUAUCUUUGACAAUCUGAUGUUGAACCCAGUUUCCCAGCUUUCCCAGGCUAUUCGGGAAAACACUGAGCAACUUGCAGACAAAAUGAAGGUACUGUUCCACAACAAGACAGAGCUGUGGGCAGAGAUUGAAGCAAAGGUCAACGCUGAGAAUGAAGUUCCCAUUCUCAAAACUUCAAAUAAGGAAAUCACAUCCAUUCUGAAAGAACUAAGAAGAGUUCAGAAACAGCUUGAAGUUAUCAACAUGAUUAUUGAACCCACUGGGGCCCUGGAGUUGGCAGGCAGGACCUUCCCUGGCCCCUCAGACGGGGGGAAGCCAAGACCACCCUCCAAGGACAGUAGGCCUUCGUCCCAAAUCCACGGGUCCUCCCAGCACGGCGGCUGCCCUACCGCUGGCCCCAGCUCCGGGCGCGGCGGCGGUGCCAGCGAACACGCCAAGAGGCCCGUGGUGGGGCCUGCGGGAGAGGGCUUUGUGGUCUGAUCCUUUGCGCAUGUCGCCCCCUGGAGGCGGCUGCUGCUGCUGCUAUAUCGCAAUCAGUGUGGAAAGAUGUAUUGCUAAAAAUUGCACAAAAAAGUUAAACUAUACAAUACACAAAAUAUGAAGUUUGCUUGCUGUACUGUCUGUAAGUCUUGUUCGGUUUAAUGUAAAUAUGCUUUAUCACUGUGGAGCAAUAGGAUCUUCACCAUUUUUUUUUUUUGCCAGAUUGUGCCAAGGUGCAUUGUGGGAGGGGAAGUCUCAUGCCUGCUUUGUUUUCAUAUUGGAAUUCUGAAAAGAAUCAAAACUGGUACUGUGUGUGUGUUCAUUCACUUAUUAAACUGCUACAAAGUUGAUGCUAACAGAAAAUAGCUAGGUAUAUGACAGAACAUUCUCCUAAGCCUGCUGAACUGGAAAGGGUUAUUGCCCUUUAUUUGACGGGGGCUUUGUGUUUGUUUUCUAGGGGUACUGCUUUCCUGUUAAAGAAUGUCAAAUAAGCUGCCUAAUUGUGCAUUGCAUAUUCCUGUUUACACAGCCGCGGAAGAAUGGUAUUGGUGCCAUGCGGAAUAAUUGUAUGCUGGGGAACUGAUUUGCUAGACUACCCUCAGUUAGCAGGGGUCGAAUGAAUUUCGGUGUUUUUGGAGUUCUUGUACUGUAUAAUGUAUUAAGAUAUCUGCAUAUGAUUGUAGAAUACUCUAAGCACAGCGGAUUGACAUUAUACUGUAGAUAGAAGUUAUGUAUGAGUUAGAAGAGAGAUAUCCAACAUUUCAUUACAUUUGGCUUAUUGUAGUUUUGGAGCUCAGGUGGGGAAGAAUGCUUUAGGUUUCUGGUGGGCACCAGAAAAUGUGUAGAAAGCAUACAUGUACUUGAAGAAAGUGUGGAUUUCAUGGCUAUUGCUCUAAAAUGCAUCCUGCAUUUCCUUUAAGAAAACACUAGGCCUAUAUGUUCCUAUUUUACUGCUCCAUUGAAUGGAGAUACCCAUAAUGCAGCUAGUCCAGAGUUACCUGGCUCCUUUGCCAAAUGGGGGUGUCCCAAGUGGUUGUUCUCUUUACUGACUUUAAUCCACAUCAGCAAGGCUUGGGAUAGGACUGUCUUUAUACUGCAUAAGGUUGUCUCAGUUUGAUUUAAACACCUGAAGCAGGUUCUGCACAGAAUUUAGAAGCCAACUUUGAGUCCAGGCUUUUCUGUCAUGCUUAAGUUGUGUCAUUUGGUAGACAUAGUCCUUAUUGCAGCCAUUAUCUACGAGGCUUGUAAGUUGCCACUUCAGUUCCUGGCAGUCAACAACUAAGUAAAAAAAUUUGUGCAGGAGCUUUUGAUCAUUUCAUUGUAUGGUUCAAAAUAUGUUAAGCUUUAAAACAAGGUUGUACAUCACAAAUUUUAUUAGCUUCUUCCUUACCAAUGCACACUGAAGGAGUAUCAUUUGUGUCGUCACCCACUUGGGGUGGAGUACUUGUUUCUGAGCUCCUCAGUGUAGUUUAUAAUUGGUAAGGCACAUCUUCAUUGCACAAAGCCAAAGAGCACCUUGUUGUCGUCCUGACAUUUCUAUGUACAACCGUACCUACAUUUAUGACUAAUGCCCAUAAAUCCUCUACUGAUUUGGAGAAGUGAAACCCUGUUGAAGCCCCACAGCGUGAAUCAGGAAGGAAGCUUCAGUUUCAGCAGUGCUUUUAAAGUCAGGCCCAUUUGUAUGCUCAGUCCUACUUUGCUAAUCUAGAGGCACGACAUGACCAGGUCCAAAAUUAACAAAAAAAACCUGACUGUAUGCAAUUACUGCGAGCAUUCCUUACCUUAUCCUGUGUGAUAUACUGUAUGUACAUAUAAAGAGCUUAUAUUUCCUCUUGUCUGCACUAACAGCGUACUGCUGUGUCCCUUCUUUGCGUUGUGUCCUUAAAGCUGUAGCAGUUUGCUUCUCCUUUGGAGAGGUGAACACGAUACAAAGAGAUGAAUUCGAUUCAUUCUGUCAAAGGAAUGCAAGAUCUUCCAGAACAUUCUGUAACAAUACAAAUGAACCUCAUUGUAGUUUACUGAGGUAAGACUUUUGGAUUGUUAAUCAAAUGUGCACUUCAUUCGCACGACACCUCGUCAGACUAGUUGGUGGGUGAAUCAAUGAAAUGGUACAUUGAAACGAAUUGCAUCACCCGUGCACUGUAAAAGCCCAGCUGUUAUUAGGAUAAAUAUAUCCUUUUGGUUUCCAUAUUGUGACUGACAAAUUUGUGUCCCCCCACUCCGUGUUUUAAUAUUAAGCCUGCUGUGGAGUUCUGAAUUUUCUCUGCCACAAACAUUCACGAAUGUAUUGAGUUUCUGUUCUGAAUUGCUGGCCUGUCUGGAGCCCCUGUACUCUAUCUGUUGUGUCCAAGACUUCCGAUUGGCUGUGAUACCGAUGAUGCAACUGCUGCUGCUAAUGUCUGGUGUCCGCGCUGGGCAAGUUUGUUUUUUGUUUUUGUUUUUUCUCUCCUGUGCAUGCAAUUCAAAUUUAUACUGUACAAAAGAACAGAAGAGAAACAAACACAAAGCAUUUCAAUUCUGUAUACCACAAGGGUCUUGUAAGUUCAAUAUUGAGUUUUUACUGUUUCGUUACCAUUUUGCUGGUCUUCGCUUUAAUUGUUUUAUCCUUCACAGAAGUUGUAAUUUAUUUAAGGUUGAGUUCUUCCAGAUUUGUUUGUCAUUGUUAUUGUUGUUGAUAUUUUUUGAUAAUUUUGUGUCUUGGAGAUGCUUAUACAUAUCGUUGUAUGCUUAAUGUAGGAAACAUGAUUGUACCAUGACCAAUAUUUGAUUUUUAAUAAAAUUAUUUCAAUCAUA